AUGACAGACAAGCUCCCGCCUAACUUGCUGGCGCUUUUUGCACCACGCCCGCCGCUGCGCUGGCUCGAGCAUCCCGACCACGCGCCUGAGCGUCGCAAGACAGCUCCCAUCGACGGCGUCGCGGCUUUCCUUCCCGAGCUGCAGCACUACAAGGAGACGGACAAGUACGAGCCGACGGAGAGUUGGCUGCAGGCACGCGACAGGAAAAAGCGCGAGAAGAACGAAGCUGUCCAGGAGCUGAUUACGGAGGGUCCCAAGAAUUAUAAACCUAAUGAGGACCCUAAUAUCCGCGGCGACGCCUUUAAAACUAUGAUUGUGGCCCGCUUGAGCUACGAGGCCGAUGAGCGAGACUUGGAACGCGAAUUCGGGCGGUUCGGUCCCAUCGAGCGCAUUCGUAUUGUCAAAGACAGCCACACCCACGAAAAGCCAAAUAAGAAGAAGAAGCCGCACCGAGGAUACGCGUUUGUUGUUUUCGAAAGAGAAAAGGAUAUGAGAGCUGCCAUCGAUUCUUGCGAUGGUAUUCGAAUCAAAGACCGACACAUCAAGGUCGAUGUAGAGCGAGGGCGAACUGUGCGUGGCUGGAAGCCUCGCCGACUCGGUGGAGGCCUUGGAGGCCGUGGCUACACCAAGGCUAUGCCAUCUCGCCUUAUGGGACCUGGUGGGUUUGGCGGUGGGUAUCGUGGCGGUUACAAGGGCUUCGAUGGUGGUCGCAGCCGCGGUGGUUUCCGAGGUGGCUUUGGAGGACGUGGAGGAGGAUUCAGAGGCGGCGACUCCGGACCCCGUGGCGAUCGAAAUGGUUUCGGUGCUCCCAGCGGCGCUCCCUCAGGACCUGGUGGAUUUGAUAGAAGAAAUGGCGGCGACCGCAAUUUCUCUGGUGGGUUUGAAUCCCGAGGUGGACGCUCAUAUGACGACAGACCCAGAGAUGGUGGACGAGACGGCGGCCGAGAUGGUCGUGAUGGAGGCCGAGAUGGAGGCCGCGACGGACGAGACGGAGGCCGACAUCGGGAUCGUGACGGCGGCCGUAGGACCGGCAGCAACAUGGAACCUAUCGGCCGACGAGAGGGUGGGUAUCGCGACCGGGACUACGACCGACCCCGUGAAGAGGAUAACCGAAAGCGCGGAUACGAUGGAGGUGGCUAUGAGGACCCUCGCAAAUUGCGGAGGUACUAA